AUGUCAAAAACAACAACAACAACAACAACGACCUCAAACUCAAAUCUCAACCUUCUAAAAUCUCUAAUCGAUGCGUCUAACAACCUCCCACUGGACCCCCACGACGACGAACAACAACAACAACAACAACAUCAACUGGACGAUAAUAUGAGUAUCUGCUCUAGCCAAUCCAGUGGAGCCAGCGACAGAUCUGCCGGAAAACCAAAGAAAAAAAUACGGCGAAUCAGAUGCGAGAUUCACUCUAAAAAACACAAGAAAGAUCUCCCAUCUGAGAUGUCCGACGGCCAAAAAAAGACCACAAAUAGUAACGAUAACCUAAUUUGUACGUGCUCUAGUUCGGUUGGGGGAAGACUUCGUAGAAGACCGGAACCGGAAGGUGGUUGUUUAAUCAAUAUGGCGGAUAGUAUUUCCGGUGGCAAAAAUGCGUUAUUCAACAACAACAACAACAGCGUUACAAUGUUGGAGAUUGAUAAAAUAUUGUUUGGCGAUGAGCCAUUGUUUUCCGAUAAUGAGGACAACAACAACAACAUCUUAGAUACUGCUUUUGAUAUUGACGAUGACGUCAGCAAUAAUAAUAAUAAUAAUAAUAAUAAUAAUAACAACAACAACAAUAAAAACAACAAACAAACCAACAACAACAACAAAUAUCAACAUCAACAAAAGCAGCAGCAACAAAAGCAGCUUUCCAUAGAAGAGCAAGUUAAACGAGAGUCGGACAGAUUUCACAAAAGGUUAGAAAGAUCGGGAAUCGUCGCAUCUCUACCAACUUCCGCCGGAAAUGCAACCGGAAGUACGGGGGGUCCAAACUUGGAGACCAUCUUCAGCUCCGUUCAGAUGCUGAAUACCAACACGUCCAUCAAAUUCGCCAUUCUCCAUACGGAACUUAAAAAUAUUAAGGACAGAUCUUUAAAGAGAAUAGAGACGGAGACUAACUCGAUCCUUAGUAGAUUUAGUGGUGUGGACGAGAUGUUAACGAAUUCCAAAAAUUCCCUCUCUACCUUUUCUCUAGAUCUGCAAGCUGUCGCCGAGAUCAUAGACGUCAUUUUAAAGAGAGAGAUUGAAGAGUUGGAGAGUAUUAAAAAUUCUCGGGAUGAAAUUGACUACAACACGUUUUCACAUAAACGAGUUUAUUGCGAAGAGGACCUAUUUAUCAUUGAUGAAAAAUUAUGCCGACUUGAAAGAAAUAUCAAGUCGUCAGAAGCCGAUAUGAAAGAUGCAGGCAUAGAAUCAUUAUCAAAAUGGAGACGACUGUCGUUGAGAAUUUGUAGUUGCCUGGAACGAGAACAACAAUAACAACAUCAACAAAAAUUUCAACAACAUCAACAACAAUUUCAACAACAUCAACAAAAAUUUCAACAACAUCAACAAAAAUUUCAACAACAUCAACAACAAUAAUUUCAACAUCAACAACACCAUCAACAACAAUUAUUUCAACUACAACAAUUUCAACUACAGCAACAAUUUCAGCAACAUCAACAACCACAUCAACAUCAUCUCCACCAUCCACAAAAUUGAUGAUGGAGAUGAUAGUGAUAAGAAUCUCGUCAUAAUAAAAUUAUGAAUGAGUGAACAUACUAACAAAUAAAUGGAGGAAUGAAGGAACAAAUGAAUAAAAAAACGAACGAAUGAACGAACGAACGAACGAAAUAUAUAUACAUGAUAUAUAUAACAGUAUUUUUAUUAUAUAUAUAUAAUAUAAAU